AUGUCAUAUCACGAUCGUUUCCAUGAUUCUUUAAAAAAUUUACAACUUGAAUUGACACAUCUAUGUUUUCCUCCACCUGAAGUAAUUAUUCACCAUUCUAAGGUACCAGAUGUAAAUAGUUUAUCGAUAAAGUAUGAUUUUGAUAUUGAACGAUUUAUCGUUGAAGAUUCAGAAAAAAAAUUAAAAAAAUUAAAAGAUGAGAAAGAAGCAAUGUUGUUGAAGAAAUUAUCAGUUCAAAAUAUUUAUAAAAAUGUUUCACAAUCAACUAUUUUAAAUAAUUUUAAUGACAAUGAACAAACCAAUUUCUCAAAUAAUGUAGAGAAAGAUGAAUUAAUACACCAGGUAGUUACUUGUAAAAUUCCUUCUAACUCGUUAAAUGAUACACAAUUUUUUCAUGAAAAUAAUUUACUUAUACCAUCAAAUACUAAUGGGUGCCAUUCUGGUACCACUUUUACUAAUGAAAAAAAGCAAGUUAUAGAUUUUUCAGAAUUUGAAACUCCAAAUACUGUUUUUGAUAUGGUAGCAUUAAAAAGUAUCGAUGAUAAGGCAGAACUUGAAGCUCUUUUGUCAACUUCUUCUGAUUUUAAUGAAUCAAUGAAUUUGGUAAAUGAUAAAGAAAGCGAAAAAAAUGAAGAAUUUGGAAUGGAGGUUAUCAAACCUUCUAUUGUAAUUGAAGUAAAUAACUCUGCAAUUAGUAAGAAUGUUCAGCAAUCACAAAACUUGUUUCAAUAUCCUUCAAUGCCUUCAUUUGCUUUCAGUGAUUUUAAAACAGGUCAAAAUUAA